GUCACACUUCUCCGCUUUACACCGUCACGAACGCAUCGCUAUCGCUAAUUCUUCGCCCAUUUAUAAUUCAGGAAAACUAAGACGUCAAUUACCCAGCCAGCGUACAGAAAAGCCUCAAGCUGGCGGAAAAGAAGGUUCAAAUGGCGCUAUGCCAGACAUCGGUGCUGAAGGUGUACCAUGCCGUGAUCGAGGACGUCAUCACAAAUGUGCGAGAUGCCUUUCUGGACGAGGGCGUCGACGAGCAGGUGUUGCAGGAGAUGAAGCAGAUCUGGCGCAACAAACUGCUAGCCAGUAAGGCCGUUGAGCUGAGCCCGGAUCCCAGCGAUGGAUCCCACCCACCGCCCAUCGUGGCUAACAAUCCAAAGCAGAGCAAGGCAGCCAAUGCCAAGGCCAAGAAGGCCGCCGCCGCCUCGGCGGGCACAUCACAGCCACAGAUCGGCGGCAGCAGUUCCGUGUCCUCGCUGGCACUUAAAUCGCCCGCUGGCAUGGCCACCGGCAGCGGGAUCAAGAACGGGCUGGUGCCCAUUAAGCAGGAAGUCAACUCACAGAAUCCACCGCCACUGCAUCCCACUUCAGGGGCUGCGCAGCUGCAGAGACAACAGCCAACGGCGAGCGGUGGACAGACCCCCAUUCCAAUUGUGGCCACGCUGGACCCAAACCGCAUAAUGCCUGUCAACAUCACGCUGCCAUCGCCAGCUGGGUCGGCCAGUUCGGAAUCUCGAGUGCUCACCAUUCAAGUGCCUGCAUCUGCGCUGCAGGAGAAUCAGCUGACCCAAAUUCUGACGGCGCACCUGAUUUCGUCCAUCAUGUCCUUGCCCACCACUUUGGCCUCGUCCGUGCUACAGCAGCACGUCAAUGCGGCUCUGACCAGCGCCAAUCACCAGAAAAAUCUGGCUGCUGCCAAGCAAUUGGACGGGGCUCUGGACUCCUCCGAUGAGGAUGAAAGUGAAGAGAGUGACGACAACAUCGACAAUGAUGACGACGAUGAUCUGGACAAAGAUGAUGACGAGGAUGUGGAGCACGAGGAUGCCGCCGAAGAGGAGCCGCUCAACAGCGAAGACGAUGUCACCGACGAAGACUCCGCCGAAAUGUUUGAUACAGACAACGUGAUUGUUUGUCAGUAUGAUAAAAUUACCAGAUCGCGAAACAAAUGGAAAUUCUAUCUCAAAGAUGGCAUCAUGAACAUGCGGGGAAAGGACUAUGUGUUCCAAAAAUCAAAUGGUGACGCCGAGUGGUAAUGACACCUUAACAAGAGCGGCGGCUGUGUGAAUAUAUAUUUACAAAAGACAUCAAACAAAAAGCCUCAUCGAAUGCGCCUUCAGCCCAGGACAGUAGCUAUCCAAACAGGACUCUGCCCAAUUUAAAAACAUGACCAAGCGACAGCCUGUACAGGAAGCAAAUCACUCGGGCCGACAAUGUAUCUUAUUUUAGUUCCAUCUGUUUUGUAUACGCUAGCUAAAGAGUUGUGUUGCAGUUAUCCAUCUCAAUUAAAUGUAUUAAAAAGUGUGCCGCAUAACUUUUGUGUCAAUAAACUGAAACACUUCUGGAAGUUA